AUAGGGUCUACGCACAAUAUAAUCUAUGAGAGUGUAAACAUGGCAUGCUGACAUAGAAAGACUGAAGCAACUUCUGAAUACGACUGGACUGCAAAAGAGAGAGCUCACAGGUGUUUUCACUUGCCACUUGAGGUCUCGUUACGCCUGGUUCACUGCCAGUAAUCUCUCUGUGCAUUGUGUUUCUGUUUGUGGCAACCCGGUGGGGAAUUACGGCACACAGUGGGGGAUACAGACUACCAAAAAUCCCCUUGAUUCACCUCAGUUGAUUUUUGGUGUAGGCAGUAACAACAGUAACACAAAACGUGACAACUGGUGAGGCAGAGAAAGAGAGGAGUUGAGACAGCUUCAGAGACAGUAUCCACCUUCUUCCAGCUACAUCGUCGUCCUGCUCGUCCUCCGUCAUGACUGCCAGACAGACAGUUGUGUUCAUGGUGGUGGUGGUCUUCUACCUGCCAGGUCUCAUCCACAGCUUCCAGCCACUCGUCACAUUUGAUGGGAAUUCCACCACUCACCGUGACAUCACACAAAGGGCGGUCCUGAGAAAGACAGCUGAGGUCUGCAGAGACAUGGCUGCCUCUGAGGGACGGGACUUCAGCCUAACUAUUGACAACAGCGUGUCAGCUGAAAAGGUGCAAAGGGCCUGCUCCUCCACAGGUACCUCCACCUCUGUCCUCUCAUCUGUCAUGUUCCGAACAUCCAUUGCAAACAUGUACUUCAGCAACGCAAAAGUCGAUGUGGUUUUUGCGCUAAGUGAGGAGCACCACUUUGAUGAUGAGACCUUCCAGGGAGGACGGGAUGUCAUCACAGCAGGUGUGGCUGCUGUGAAGGCCAGUGUGAAGCUGGAGAACUUCGUUGCAGGGCGGUGGACUCUUGGACGAGUCCUUCACACCCUACAGGACUUCUACAGCCACAGUAACUGGGUGGAGCUGGGGAACAAUGCCCCUUACAGCACUCUGAUCAGACCAGACCAACCUCUUGAGAACCUGGCAGACCUAAGUACUCCAACCUGUAGAAACUGUACAGGAGGGAACUGUGAGAACAACCUUCUGCCUGACCUGCUGCAGCAGGGGCUUCUCACUUCAGGCUACUUCAACGUCUUCUCCUCAGCAAAACCUGCAGGUAAAUGCAGCCACGGUGGAUCAUUUGACCGGACAAGCAGACAGGACCCAGUGGGGGGCAUCAGUAAGGACGACGUUGGGUCCAGUCAUGGCUCACUUCACCACAAAGCAGCUGAUUUGGCUGUGAAUGCCACUAUGGAGCUACUGGAGGACAUCAGAGUAGCUGUCGGAGACAAGAACUUCCUGCGAUUGAUGGGCCUCUCCCAGUCCUCUGUGCUGUGUUUUGUCAUUGACACCACAGGCAGUAUGAGCGAUGACAUCGCAGAGGCUAAGAGAGUUUCCUUUGAAAUUAUAGACAGUAAGAGGGGAACCCAGCAGGAGCCCUCCGCCUACAUACUGGUACCUUUCAAUGACCCAGGUUUUGGUCCUCUGAUAAUGACAACCAAUGCAGACAUCUUCAAAGAUAGAAUCAACAAGCUGUCUGCAAGUGGAGGAGGAGACAUCCCCGAGCUGUGCUUGUCUGGACUGCAGCUUGCCCUGACGGCUGCUCCACCCUCGUCUGAGAUCUUUGUCUUCACUGAUGCUCCAGCUAAAGAUGCUGAUCUGAAAGGCACCAUCACUGCCCUUAUAGAGAGCACCAAGUCUGUGGUAACUUUCAUGUUGACAGAUGUCCUGGCCAGUCGGCGGCGCCGCAGAAACCCUCAGGGCAAGUCAAGUCCACGCUCAAUGAGCCAGUUAGAUGCCCAGCUGUACCGUGACUUAGCCCGUGCCUCUGGAGGUCAGGCCAUCGAGGUCACCAAGUCAGACCUCUCUCUGGCUACAAGUGUAAUAGAGGAUUCAUCAGCCAGUGCUGUGGUGACAGUUUUUCAGGUGGUGAGGAAUCCCGGACAGCCUGGUAACUUUACGUUUACUGUUGAUGGAUCACUCAGAAACAUGACUGCCUACAUCACAGGAGCCUCAUCCCUCACCUACGAUCUCACCAGCUCCACAGGAGUCUCUCAGAGUUCCAGUGAGUCCAGUGGUCCUCUGGCAUCCGUCACCACAGCAGGAAACUUGCGGCGUUUAAGCCUCAACACUGACAAUCAAACGGGAUCAUGGGAAAUCAGGGUUAACUCUAACAGCCCCUACUCAGUUAAGGUCACGGGUCAAAGUUCAGUGAACUUCAUUUUUAACCUUGUGGAGGCUCAUGAGGGAGCCCAUGGGGACUUCAGUCUAAAGGAGGGACGCCCACUCUCAGGUGGUAAUGCCAGCCUCAUGGUCACUGUAACAGGAAGUGACACAGUAAAGGUCACAGAGGUCACUCUGUUUGACAGCUCAGGGCCAACAGAGGUCAACGGAUCACUGCAGGCGGUGGGAGAUGGUAACUUCCUGGUGACGUUCAGUGGAGUCCCAGCAGGUGACUUUGUGGUUCGCCUGAAAGGAGAGGACAGCAGCUCCACCUCUAGGUCAACGCCAAGCAGCUUCCAGAGGCAGGCCUCCACUCAGAUCAAGACCUCCAGCAUCUCUGUUACUGCCCAGGUCAACAACACCAACAUAGAACCAGGCUCCACCAUCUCCAUCCCUUUCACAGUUGCCACAACCACCAACGGAGUUGUUAACGACUCUGCAACCGGGACGUUCACAGUGCGAGCCAACAAUGACCGCAGCUAUGAUUUGACUUCACCCAGCACCGUCACCAUAUCGGCGGGCAGCGGAGGGAAAGCCAACGGCACUGUGACCUUGACAGCACCGGCCAGCGCUGCAUCAGGAACAGACGUGACCCUUACCAUCGAGGCAGAAGAUGCAGCUGCCACCGACAUCAACUACGCUGUCCUCAGGUUGUCUGUGGCUGCCAAGGUGAAAGAUAUUACGCGCCCAGUGUGCCAGGUUGUCAGUUUGGCAGCCAGCUGUCCAUCCUCUUCAUCACUCUGUGCUUCAUCCCAGUGGGAAUUCAUUGCCAAUCUCACUGAUGGCAUCAAUGGAACUGGCAUUGACAGCGUCACCGUCCGCCAAGGGAACGGUACCCUCAACACCAGCACAGUGGCUGGAGCAGGGGGUGAAAACAUCACAGUGGCUACCUACAGCGCCUCCUGCUGCUCACAGAGUGUAGAGCUGGCCGUUGUGGACGGAGUGGGAAAUGUGGGGACAUGUGUGGGACAAGUUCGAGCGGUUACCACGGCCGCCCCUGCUGUGACUACAGCUGCAGUUAACACAACAUCCACUGGAGGGCACACUUUGAGCAUGUCACACUGUCUCUGGAUCAGUGUUGCAGUUUCUCUCCUCUGGAAAUAAAGUAAAAUCAUUCUGUCGAGGUGAAAGUGUAGCACAUGAACAAGUGUCUCCUCAGAAAGUCUUUUAUAGCUUUGAUUUUUUUUUAAAUCAGAAUUUAAUUACCACUGCUUGAAGAAACAUUUUUUCUUUACUUUGAAUCUCUUUAAUUAAUUAAUAUUAAUUUCUUUAUGUGUAAAUACUACAUUUUUUAUUUUUAUUUUAUAAUUUUAUUUUGGUGUUUUGUAUUUUGGAUGUAUAUAUAAAACUAAGGAGUUACUUUGAAUGAUUUAUUCAUAUUCCUGGUGGUGUAUGGAUUUGCUGCAGCCAUCAUAGAUGAGUGGUGAUGCUAAUGUAGAAGUGCAACUGCUGACUGAACUCAAUGGAUCCUCUAACCUCUUUCUUACAAAUAAUAAUUCAUAUUUUUCCACAUAUCUAGAGUUUCAAUGGAUAGUUACAUUUAUUCUAAUGUGUAUCAUGGUGGCAAAGUUGAGAAACAUUGUUGUAUUAAGGAGUUUUUCAGUGUGAAGAGAAGUAUGUUUUUGAUGGUGGUGAGCAAUAAA